CCGCCAAAAAACAAGAAGAAGCCUGCACGGGCUAAGCUAGAUAGCUGCUGCAUUGUUCCAUCUCAUCUAAUAUUUCAGCAACCAUGUCUUCAGUUCAGCAUCUCAGAGAGUUUAUCAGAGAGCGACUAACUGCUGCUGCUCAAGAAAUCUUCACAGAGGUUGAAAAAACCAUCAUUUGCUACGAAGAAGAGCUCGAUGCUCAGCGCAGAAUGAUGGGGAUCGACUGGAAUCCACAAAUUAAGCUUCAUAGCGUCGGUUCGGAGCUGCAGAGACAAAGUUCUGACCUCCAACAGCUAAGUGUCUCCAAUGAGGAAGAAGCUUCUGCCAUUCAACAAGUCUGGAGCCUGGCAAGUAGGUCCAGUCAGGACCAGAACAAACAUCAGUGGUCUGUAAAGGAACAGAUGGAAGCAGAACCUAAAUGGAUUAAAAGAGAAGAGGAGGAACCAGAACCUACACUGCUCAAACAUGAGGAAAUAGAAUAUCCACUAACAUAUGUAAGAAAAGAGGAACUAAAUUCUUCAGUGCUUCAACAUGAACAGCAGCCACCAGAACAUUUACCAACUGGACAGGAUCAGAAGGACCUCUGCAGCAGUCAGGAGGGAGAGCAGCUUGUCCAGAAGCAGUUUGUUGCUUUGAUUGAGACUUCUACUCUUCAGGAAGAUGAUAUGAGUGAAGAAGAGACAAGAACAGAGCAGCUUUCCCUUCAUAUUUCUCCAGUAGUUGAGAGCAAAGAUCAGGAAGGAAGCAGCUCCUCUGUGUCAGAGAGUCAGUCUGAUACUGGCACAAAGAAAAGAUCUUUCAAAUGUGACAUUUGUGGGAAAUGUUACCCACAUCAGUGUAAAUUGAAAAACCAUUAUAGAACCCACACUGGUGAGAGACCUUUUUCAUGUGAAACAUGCGGAAAAAGUUUCUCAACAUGUUAUGUUUUAAAUAGUCACAAGAAAACUCAUACAGGUGAGAAACCAUUUUCAUGCCAGUCAUGCGGAAAGAGAUUUUCUCGAAUUGGUAAUUUAAAGGACCACAAAAGAAUUCAUACAGGUGAGAGACCUUUUUCGUGCCAGUCAUGUGGAAAAAGUUUCUCAAGAAUUAGCCAUUUAAGUCGUCACCAGACAAUUCAUACAGGUGAGAAACUUUUUUCAUGCCAGUCUUGUGAAAAAAGCUUCAAUCGAAGGGAUUAUUUGAUCAUUCACAUGAAAACCCAUACAUGCCAAGCGGUGCUUUGAAGCCAAACCUGUAAAAAAACAUUUCUUUGAAAUUGGUCACUUAAUUAUACUCAUUAGAACCCAUAUGGAUGAGCUGGGUUUUUCACAUGAAAUAUGGAGAAAAAGUGUUCUUUCAUGCUGGUACAAUGAAUUUCCACAUAACAGAAAUACAAAGGUGAGAAUUAGUCAUUAACUUACAGAUUCACUGUAAUAAAUAUUAAACUCUGUCUUGGAUUGUUUCACUUUGCAAAACAUUAGACCCUCACCUAUUUUUGGUUGUGAUUUUAUGAAUUUUCUUUUCAGCAAUUUUUGUGAAAUUUGAUAAUAUAUUUAGACUGUUAUAUUAAUAUUUAGAAUAUUCAAAACCUUUUCAACUGGUUUGGAAGUGUAUAUAUUGAAGCUACUUUACAUACUACUGGCUGACUUUGGCAAAGUAGCCAAUCAGGACGCUUUCAGCAUCCUCAGAUUUCCAUGAUGAACAUCUGUAAGACAAAUGUUUGUCAUGAGUAACAUACCAACUUUUCAUGCUUUACUGAAGAAUUUCAUGUAUAAAUUUAUGUGCCACUUGGAUGUAUCAAACACCUUAAUAAAAGCUCUGACAAAUACAACAUAUAGUGAUAUUAGAUAUAGAUAUUUUAACUAUUGGAAUAAUCGUUUAUCUGCUUUGUAACGUGUUUCUUUUACUUAAUGAUUUAUGUAUUUUAUUUAUUUUUUUAAAUGUCUACUUUCUGUCUAGAAAUAAAGAUUUGUGAAUAAUACUAAGUUGUAUUACAGCUAAAACA